UACAUAAAUAAAGAAUUUUUACUGCAUGUUAACCAAAGAAAUAAUCGGUUAGAUUAAAUAACAUGAUAUUUCAGUUUAGAUAUGGCAACAAUGAUGUUUUUCAUCACCGGCAGAUUCGCAUUCGAUUUUCCCGACUUGUUUUCGUUCCAGAAUUACUGAUCUGAAAGAUGAUGAGGCCCGAAAUGUCAGAUGACCGUCUUAUUAAGCAAAUAAAUUCAGCACUUUCAGAUCAAAUAAUGUCUUCCUGUGCGGGUGCUGUCUUAACCUCUCUAUUUGUUACACCAUUUGAUGUAGUGAAGACACGUUUGCAAGUACAAGCAAGAUUUCAGAAUAGUGAUAAAAUAUGUUCUGUCUAUGAAACAUGUGUUCAAGAAACCCCAAAAUUUUCAAAGAAUAUCAUAGAUUGCUGUGGUGUUUACAAAGAACCAUUUAAGGGCACUUUGGAUGCACUGGUGAAAAUUUCUAAGAUUGAAGGCGUUAAAACUUUAUGGAGUGGUCUUGUGCCCACAUUAUUUAUAUCGGUACCAUCAACUGUCAUUUACUUUACCAUGUAUGAUCAACUGCGUGAAUUAUUUUCAUCCCAUUUAGUACCCCCUAUGGGGCCAGUUUCAGUGCCUUUAUUUUCUGGAAUCACAGCCAGAGUUUUAACUGGAACAGUUGUAAGUCCAAUUGAAUUCUUCCGCACCAAAAUACAAAGUGAACAAGUCAAAUAUUCUGAUGCUUUUAAAAAUGUUUCAAAAUUGGUCAAGCAUAAGGGCUACUUGUCUCUUUGGCAUGGAUGGGUACCAACAACAUUGCGGGAUGUUCCUUUUUCAGCUAUAUACUGGACAAUUUAUGAACAAUUAAAAUUACUGAAGGGUGAUCCAAGUGCUGUUGAAUUUUUCGUGUUUGGUGCUGUAUCAGGAAGUAUUGCUGCUAUUCUAACUCUGCCGUUUGAUGUAAUAAAGACUCAACGUCAGGCAGAAUUAGGGGAAAACAGGAUAAUUACAAGAGUGACUGAACCUAGUGUCUUAAGUUUGCUAGUAGAUUUGUAUCGUAGAGGAGGAAUGAAAUCCCUUUUUGCAGGAAUGAUGCCUAGAGUUUUGAAAAUUGCUCCAGCUUGUGCAAUAAUGAUAUCAUCAUACGAAGUUGGAAAAGUUUAUUUCAGUGAAAAAAGAAGCAAAAUGUUCAAAAACGAAGAUUUAGUUUGAAUUUUGCAUAUUGUUAGAUGCAAUACAAAAUAACUGUAUUAAAAUAAGACAAUGUUGUGAUAUUUUAACGAAUGACUCUUA